GUUGAAUUGACAGCAUCUCUGGUGCGCGCCACCACCCCUCUGCUCGGGAUUUAUCCUGCUGGCAACAUUUUCCUGGGAUUUUAUCGCAAUGGAAUAUUAACCUUACAGUUGUCCUUCUAUGCUGAGGUUAAAUGGAGGAACGGGACAGAAGCCGGUCUCCGUCCCGAAAGACCAGCCGCGUGGAGCAGGUGGUGGGGCGCUGGCUACGGCGCUCACGAGACUCUACCAGCAGGUGAGCCACCCUAGCAACCAUACAAAGACCUACACAGAGGACUUUCCCUAUCAGGGUGACAGUUCAGGUGCCCAGAGACCCCAACCUCCAAUCACAUGGCUUCACCGUGACCACAGACACGCCCCUUCUGGUGCAAGAGGUCAUCUCAGGAGGCCCGGCCGAUGGGAAACUCAUGCCCGGAGAUCAGCCUCUCAAAAUCAACAAUGUGGCAGUUGAUGACCUCUCUGCAGAGCAAGCUGCUGACCUCAUCAGGGAGUAUGAGGAUACUUUAACAAUCACAGUCCUCAGGAUUACAGUGGGACCAAAGUCAUCGUUUAUAACUCCGGAGAAGAGAGCCCAGCUGAGGUCCAACCCAGUGAAGGUGCGCUUUGCAGAGGAGGUGGUGGUCAACGGCCACUCUCAGGGCAACUCCUUGCUUUUCUUGCCAAAUGUUCUGAAGGUUUACCUGGAGAACGGCCAGACAAAGGCCUUCAAGUUUGAGCCCAAGACCAGAGUCAAGGACAUUGUGAUGACUCUAAAGGAGAAGCUGUCAAUCACUCGCAUUGAGCACUUCUCCUUGCUGCUGGAGCAACAAUACAGCAUCACCAAACUACUGCUGCUCCACGAGGAUGAGCUCAUACAGCAGGUGGUGGAGAAGAAGGAGACUCAUGACUAUAGGUGUUUGUUCAGAGUUUGUUUCAUGCCCAGAGACCCCCAGGACCUCCUGGAUGAAGACCAAGUGGCCUUUGAAUACCUCUACCUACAGGUGUGUGUCGAUGUGUUGCAGGAGAGGUUUGCAGUGGAGAUGAAGUGCAACACUGCUCUCCGACUGGCAGCACUGCACAUACAGGAGAGACUGGCUAGCACUGGACAAUCCCCCAAAACACACCUGAAGACCAUUACGAGGGAGUGGGGCAUUGAGAGUUUUGUCUCCAACACUCUGCUGAAGAACAUGAGGGAGAAGGACCUGAGGAAGGCCAUCAGUUACCACAUGAAGAAGUGCAUCUACCUGGAGCCCAAACAAAAGCUGAUCUCCAUCAACCAGGCCAGGCUGAACUACCUGUACGAGAUGUCAGAGCUCAGAUCUUACGGAGGGAAGUCUUUCAGUGCCACGAUGUUGCUACAGGACAGAGAGUCGAUGGUCAGCCUUCUGGUGGGGCUCCAGUACGGCGUGAGCCAGGUGGUCAACCACAAGCUGAGUGUCAUCAACACACUGACCGAGUUCAGCAGCAUCACCAGAGUGGAGCUCAUCCCUGAGUCAGAGCGGGUCAGCCUGGUGAAGAUCUAUCUGCAGGACAUCAAGCCCAUUACACUUCUGCUGGAGUCGGUGGCAGCCAAAGACUUGUCUUGUCUGGUGGCCGGAUAUUGCAGAGCUCUGGUCAACCCCAAUAUCUGUGUGUUUCCGUGGAAUGCCCAUCGCAAGAGCCCUCGCAUAUCAACAGAGGAAGGUUACGUGUCUCAUUGUGGAAGUGAUUCUGAUGAUUCGGACACUGACGUGGACGCUUUGCUGGCCCACGUGGCCAGUGCCACUCGGAGCAGCAAGCAGACAGCAGAUGGGUCCAGCUCAGAGCAGACGGCUAGCCAAGAGGGAGGAGAGGAGGAGGAGGAGACCAGCCAGAGCCCACAGCAGGAGGAGACAGAGGAGCACACAGAGCAAGAGGGGGCGGGAGGGGAGGCGCUGGACAUGGAGACAGAGGCCACAGAGGAGGUGUGUGAGGAGGUGAAGGAGGAGAGGACUAGAGGAGCAGUGGGGGACGCAGAGGGGGCUGAUGGGGAAGCGCAGGCCAUGGAGGUGGAGGGUGGGGGCCAGGGCCAGGCGGAGGGGGGCAGAGGAGAGGACCAGCGCUGCUACAUCAUGCUGGAGGAGCCCCCCUCUGAGGCGUCCGACUCCGGCCGCACAGACUCCCGCUUCCUGGCCAGCCUGUCCAGCGACUCCAUGGACGCUCUGGAGGAGGACGACCUGCUGACCCUCUGCUCCACCCUUCGGCCGUGCCACCUCAGCGUAGGCCACGCCCACAACAACCCGCCACUGUCCCCACGGACACCGCACACUGCCACAGACCUCUACAGCGCGGGCGAGGGCGACCCCUUCCUGUGUUACGCCGCACUGUCCAACAUGGUCGACUGUCUGCCCAGCCCUCCGGAGGCCAGCGAAGACGAGGAGGAGGAGGAGCGGAGCCUGAGGGAGAGAGGCGCAGACCUCUCCAAACGAACGCCCUUAUCUGCACAAGGGGGCUGCGUGUUCACCUUCGAGCAGUGUGACGCACGCCACUACUACAACAUCUGCUCCAACGUCACUCCUGACAGCGCCAGGAGUCUGCCGCGAGCCCUACCCGACAGCCCGGAGGAAGAAGAGGAGAAGGAGGAGGAGGAGGAGGAGGAGGAAGAGGAGGUGGUGGAGAUGGAGCCUGUGCCCAUCCUCCAGCCUCCGCCGGGCUUCGGAGACAGCAGCUCCGAUGACGAGUUCUUUGAUGCGCAGGAGAGACUCACCUCCCCAGAACAGCCAUCGUCCGCCAACAUGACCAGAGAGAAUUCGACAGAAUCCAGCGCCAUGAAGCGCACCCUGAGCCUCAGUGACAUCGGCAUCUGUGUCAACCAAUCGGGCCGAGAGGAGGGAGGGGAGUGGAGCGAGGAGGCUGAGCAGGAGGACAGAGACAGCGCCCUCUCCUGGACCAGGAGGAAGUCUGGGAAGCAGCGGCGCUCCUAUCUGGAGACAGACUACACGUCCCUGGUGUCCUACCCUGAACAGAACCACCGGCCCAGGAACCACUACGAUGCCCUGAUCUCAGCCAGCGGCCAGGAGCCAGCAGAGGACCUGAGCCAGACGCCCUGUCCCACCGUGUCCCCUCUGACCAGCACCGAGGCCGAGCCCGCUCAGCUGGAGAACAAGCCCCUGAGUAGCUUCUGCAGCCGGCCACUGACCACUGAGCCGCGAGGUCAGCACCGCCGGCACCUGUCUGCUCAGGUGGAGAUGGAGGUGGAGCCGGACGCCAUGGAGACCAAAGCCGUCACCGAGCUGCUGGCGUCCUCCAUCAGUGCCGUGAGGCGGAGCGCCACCCUCCCGGCGGCAGACCUGAGGGCCAGCAGGAGAGGCGAGGUGGCGUCGGCCGAGGGUUUGCUGGACAGGUUGUCGGAGGGGGCGUUCGCCGGCCACCUCUUCUUCAGGCGGAGCGCUGAGGUUCCCUCAGAGGCGCGGGACGGGGAGGGGGAGGGGGAGGGGGAGGGGGCGGGCCGAUGCUCUUCGCCCAGGCCUCGCUCCUUCACCGUGGGGCACGUGGACUCCCCCAGCACCCGCCACUCACCCGUCAUCCCCUCCAUAUCCUACACCCCCAGCCCUGAUGAGGAGGAGGAGGAGGGCGAGGGGUCCAUUGGGGAAGCAGCUCGGGUCAGCCAUAGCCCCAGCCUGUCCGAAGCCUUCAGGAGGGGGCUAUCAGUGAGCCGAGAGAGCCUGACUCACGCUGGAGAAGCAGACGAGCUGGACAGUGACUGCUCUUUUCAGGAGCCGCCCAAGUCCUCCGUGGAGCUCACCUCCAGCUUCCUGUUGAGCCCCUGCUCCUCGGGCAGCAUGAUCGGUCGCUUGUCGGCGUCCACCCUGCGGGGCAAGAUCCAGAGCCUGCCCCUCUACCUGUCCCGCUCGCAGGAGGCCCUGAGCGAGAAAAGCCCGGACAGCAACGGCACCCCCCAGAGGAGGAGGUUCUCCGAGGCCAGCCGCUGCAGGAGAGCGGAGCGCUCGCCAUGCACACAGCUGGGCCGAGAGGAAGGCGCUCCACCGGUCACAGAGGUCAAAGUGGUGACCAUAGUGUCCGAGGAGGUGACAGAGGUGAUCGAGGAGAUGGUGGAGGUCAGCCACCGCAGUCCAGGGGUCCAACAGCACGCCGAGACGAAAGUGGACUUGCCCACGAGCUCAGAGCGGGAAGCCAACUCUGCCACCAAGGCUGAGCAGCCGGUCAGUUCAGGUCCGCCCUCAGUGGUGGUGACCACGCAGAACCUGCCCAACACAGGCCCCCACAUGGGCAACCACACACACACACACGCACACCCUGGCCUCACGGGCUGCGGCCUCUUCAGAAACUGUGAGUCCCAGCCCACAGACACCCAGCCCCAGCCCCUGCCCAGUCCGUGCCCCCACGGGAAACCCGAGCUGGGCUGCCGCAGUGCGCUGGCUCUGGGCUGUGAGGUGCUGCUGGACACGGCCCAGGCCCCUCUGGAGGUGUGCGACUGCCAGGCCGUCUACACCAACUGCUUCAGCGGGGUGUUGGACGGGGGCAGCUUCGACGAUGAGCUGACCGUCUACGAGUUCUCCUGCCGUACCAAGCCGGACACUCUCGUGGUCAGUCCUGUGUCAGCCAUCCCUCAACCACUGUCAUCCUCCCCAUUCUCCCCCUCUUCCUCCUCUUCUUCUUCCUCUCCUCUUCCCUCGUUCCCCUGCCCACUUCUGCCCCCCUCCUCCUCCACGGAGCUCAGUCCUCUCCUCCUCUCCCCUUUGGAGCCUGUCAACUGCUUCCUGUCUGACCCAGAGGAGGAGGCCAUCGCUACGUUGCUGGCUCGCCGCUACCCGUCGCCCCCCGCGGGCUUCGCCGCGCUGCAGCGGGACAUCGAGACGCUCCUCUCGGUGCUGGCGGGCGCCGCCAAGUCUCCGCACGAGCGCGAGAGCCUGGAGCACCAGCGGGACUCGUGCGCGGCCCACUUCUCGGAGAACAAGCGGCGGCUGCACGAGGAGGCGCGGGGGCUGCUGGCGGGAUGCCAGCGCGUGGUGCGUGCGGGCCAGACGGCCGAGGAGACCCUGCGGGCGCUGGCGCUCAGCUUCCGCGCGCUGGUGCAGCUGGCCUCCGUCUGCCUGUGCUUCUCCAGCUGCCCGCGCUGCCGCCAGCGGCACGGCCAAGCGCUGGCGGGGCUGGCGGACGUGGCGCGGACCUACCGGGAGUUCGCCCGCACCGCAGAGUGUGUGGGCAGCGCGGCAGCGGCCACGGGCAAGCGCAGCAGCUGCCACGACCUCAGCAUCAAGCUGCUGGCGCGCCAGUGCACCGCCCUCACCACCUCCGUCUUCUGCCUCACGCAGCUCUUCCGCACGCUUACCACACUCUGACCUUUGACCCUACAGUCUGAGCUGCCCUCUGCCGCCUCCCAUCUCCACUCAAAGUCCAUGAGCAGAGCAAAGCCCUCUCAGUGGCCAUGCCAUCCACGCCUGUGGCGGGGCCCUCACUCUAUGGACAAGCACUUCCAGUCAACAGUGCUGCAGCAAAAGCAAGAUUUUUCUGAGGGUGAGGAAUGAGAGUGUUUGAAAACUCUUGUUCUUCAGGAGGGUAGGGGUCUAGCUGGGCUUCUGAACGCUGGCUUUCAGUAUUGGCGACGUGGAACACAGGAGGGGAUGGUUCCUCUUGAGCUUGUAGGUGAAGGGGAAGGUGCAGGAGCCCACUCUUCCUCCCAAUGAUUUCCUGCCUAGAGACUAUAGUGAAUGUGCUUUACACCUGUUGUGCCCAAGCACAGGUUUACAAACAGUGAGCAUGAAUACACACACACACACACACACACACACACACACACACACACACACACACACACACACACACACACACACACACACACACACACACACACACCAAAGACAGGUCAAAUGCAUGGCUACCAAGCAGGCCAUGAGUGCAGUAUUACACACUCAGUGACAAUGACAACUGAAAGCAUACAGUACCUGCUCGUCCUAGAAUAUUCAUGUGUAUGUGUUAGUUCUCAUAUUCGAAUGUAUUCAUUUAUUCAUGAGUUUGCUUCACAGAGAUUACAUUCCCAGUCUCAUCAACAACUAUUGUUCUGUGAACAGAUGCUGAGAGAUGCACUGAUGCUUUGGGCCAUUCCAAACACACAUUUGUAAGCAUAAUUAGAAACACAAACACAUACUUAUCGUAAUGAGUACAUUUUGAUUAUGAUUUUAUUUUUCAUAUGGUUCUGAACACAAGUAUGAAUAACUGUUUACAACUGUUUAUCUAAACUUUGUGUAAUUUUGUUAUUUAUACUGGAAUAAUGGUACCAAAGGUCAUGGUUGGGUUUGUGUAAAUACAGUAUUACCUGGAGGCAGACUGAAGCAUACCCACUGAAAAUGGAUUGUGUUUGAUUCAAGUCCACGUGAUGCAGAAUCAUUUCAGUUGUGCUUCACUAUGGAAAUGGAGGCCGAACCGUGGGAAGUCCCUGAGUUAUGUAAUGUGCAUCUAUCAUAUGAAAGGGCUCAGGUCUCAGAGAGAUGGUUCACCUGGUCAGGAAACUGGAAAACACCAUUGAUGGUAUUUCAUUUAUGUAUUUAAUUUUAUGGGUAUCAAUGGAAAAUGUGUUCCCAACACUGACAGAGCACAUUAUAAACAUUCAGUUUUUGAAUCAUUUACAUAAGAACACCUUUGACUGCCUUCACCCAAAAAGCCACUGCCCACCAAAAACAAGACACUGAUCCUAUCACCUGCCACUGUCCAUCUCUCUCUCUCUCUCUCUCUCUCUCUCUCUCUCUCUCUCCCUCACACACACACACACACACACACACACACACACACACAUACACACACUCUCUCUUUCUUUCUCUCUCUCCUUCUCUCUCUCACACACACUCUCUCUUUCUCUCUCUCUCCUUCUCUCUCUCUCCUUCUCUCUCUCUCCCUCUCUCUCUCUCUCUCUCUGCAUGCCCAUCAAAGCUGCUGGAGGUACUACAACAGUGUUAAACAGGAAGAUUAGAGACACCAAACCCACCCUGCUGGUGGACAUGAACCAGUGCUGCUUUGAGAGAACUAUGUUUGUAUUUCAACUGCAUCACUUCCCUGGGGUGACAUAACUAACACUGCUUGAGUAUGUUCAGUAUAUUUAUGUUAUUUCAAUACAGGCAAGGCUGAGCAGCUGUACACAGAAUUGUUAUCAGGCAUGUGGGAAAGCCAUGUAAUAUCUGCAGUGUUGUCUCCUUGAGUGUGUAUGAAUGAACGGAUGGAUGUAUGGAUGAGGAGCAGUUAACGCUUGACGAUGGUAUACUCACACUAUUAAAAGAACUUUUGGA